AUGCAUAUCAAGAAGUGUUAUUUCUGUUCAGGGCCAAUCUAUCCCAGCCAUGGAAUGAUGUUCAUCUGCAACGAUUGUAAGGUGUUCAGAUUCUGUAAAUCCAAAUGUCAUAAAAACUUUAAAAAGAAGCAUAAUCCUUGCAAGGUCAAGUGGACUAAAGCAUUCCAGAAGGCAGCUGGUAAAGAGCUUACAGUGGAUAAUUCAUUUGAAUUUGAAAAAUGUACAAAUGAAUCUGUCAAGUACCAGGGAGAGCUAUGGAAUAAAACUAUUGAUGCAAUGAAGAGAGUUGAAGAAAUUAAACAGAAACACCAAGCUAAAUUUAUAAUGAACAGGUUGAAGAAAAAUAAAGAACUACAGAAAGUUCAGGACAUCAAAGAAGUCAAGCAAAACAUCCAUCUUUUCUGGGCUUCUCUUGCAGGCAAAGGAAAGCAGCUGGAAGAAAAAAAUUUACUGCAAUUACAACAGGGCAUGGACAUGAAAGACAUUUCUUAG